AUGUCUGCUUUUGGGCGCCUUCUGCUAAACGAAAAAACGCCAGACGAAAGAAAAAGCGAAGACGUGCACAAGAACAUUGUGAAGGAAACCCGGAAGAUGAACGUCCUAAAGCUCCGAUAUCUUAGAGACUGGCUUAAAAUCCUUCGGUGUGGCUGGUACGCACGAUGGAAAAGCGACAGGACAAC